GUCUUCUGUGUUCGUGGCGCGUAGUGUUGACAGUUGACACUUGUGUCUAUCUUCGAUGAGACAAGAGAAAAGACAAGAAUUUUCAAAUUAAUGAUCCUCGCAAUUUAACGUUUUAUUUAUUAUUCCGAACGAUAUGUCAGAAUUGAUUGUCUAUAUUCGCCGUUUUUCAAAGCGCUAAUGAAACGUUUUAUAUGCAUGCUUAUAUUUUCUAACCUAUAACAGUGUAUACACAUCUAUUUAUUUGUUUAAUUACUUAAUAUCUGAAGAAAAUGUCAUCUUCCCACACGACAGAGAUGACCGAGCAAUUGGUUAAAGACUAUGCAAAUUACGCAAAAAUGGACUGGAACAAUCAGAUGAGAAAUGUUCGUGAUAUUAUAGAAGAUACAUUAAUACGACUGGAAGAAUUCCAAUCGAUUGUUGCAAUGGUGGAGAAUAGCAGUACAGAGUGCAUGCAGCAACAUCUUCCAAAAUUGCAGAAUAUGAAAGAUGGUAUGGCAACUCUUCGCAAAAGAAUAGAUGCACUCGAACAUGUUGUUGCAAUGGCCAACAUGAAUUUAAGUGCAUUGGAAGCUGCAGUUGACAAGGCAGAAGCUGAUCUAGGUGUAUCUGAUAGAUUAUUUGGGAUGCUAAAUCCUUUAUCAUUUUUUAAGAAAACUCAGGAAUCUGUUGCAUCAACUCCAGUGCCAAUAUAUAAAUCGCCCAUAAUUUACAAAUCUGAUGACUAUUUUCAAAGGGAAUAAAAAAUACACAUAAAAAGAGUUAUUGUUAUUUAAAGAUUAAAUUGUUAUAUGAAGUACUUGUUAUUAGAUUAAUAAAAGUAUUUAUAAACUUGUGUGUGUGUGUGUGUGUGUGUGUAUAAAGUAAUCUGUAAUAUCAAUGAGGAAAGAAAUAAAAUUGACAUUGAAAGAACA